GAUAUCUUAAGUUAGUUGAAUUUCAAUUAAUUAAGGUUAAAGUACUUAAGGCUUGUUUUGGGAAUCAUUUCUUCCCUUCAGUCAAACUGCGGUGGAGUUUGGUGUUUGAGGGUAUAACUUAUAACAGUCGUCCGGGAUUACAGGGUUAGAGAAAGGUCUUCGGGUUUGGCGUUUGUUUGAAGGAAGUGAAUGUUUGGGAAGAAACAUGGCUGCAGGAACUGAUCUUUCGCCCCCAUUUACCGUAUUAGAAGGUGGGUACAGUAAGGACAAUGGGCCUUCCAUGGGAGAUGAGAAUUCCGAGAUGUCUGAGAGUUUGAAACAAAUGAAGACCGGGAAACCUCCACGGCACCUCUCUGUUAUGCGGCAUUGUGUGAGCUCUGCUCGGUUGGCCACAUCUGAAUGGGAACUAGAUAUUGGCACUGUGGGAAUAAAGUCACCAUCAGACGCAAAAUCUGGGUUUUUACCCAUAUUUCGUUCUGGAAGCUGUUCUGAGAUUGGACCAAAACAGUUCAUGGAGGAUGAACAUACGUGUAUAGAUAACCUUGUUGAACAUCUUGAUGCGAACGGGAACUUCCCUUCUCCAGGAGCUUUCUAUGGGGUGUUUGAUGGGCAUGGUGGUUCAGAUGCAGCAUUAUUCAUUAGAAAGAACAUUCUUAAAUUUAUAGUUGAAGACUUCCAUUUUCCAGCAUGCAUGGAGAAGGCUAUUAAGAGUGCUUUUGUGAGAGCUGACCAUGCUUUUGCUGAUGCCCAUACUCUUGACAGUUCCUCUGGCACCACAGCUCUGACAGCUCUUAUUUUUGGAAGGAACAUCCUGAUUGCCAAUGUUGGGGAUUGUCGAGCUGUGUUAGGUAAACGCGGAAGAGCAAUUGAGCUCUCCAAAGAUCACAAACCAAAUUGUACAUCUGAAAGACUAAGAAUUGAGAAACUGGGGGGCAUCGUGUACGAUGGGUAUCUUAAUGGCCAAUUGUCGGUGGCACGGGCCCUUGGAGACUGGCAUAUGAAGGGUGCCAAGGGGUCAGCAUGCCCCUUAAGUGCCGAGCCAGAGUUGCAGGAUACCAUUCUAACAGAGGAAGAUGAGUUCAUGAUAAUGGGCUGUGAUGGGCUGUGGGAUGUAAUGAGCAGCCAGUGUGCAGUGACAAUAGCGAGAAAAGAGUUGAUGCUUCACAAUGACCCGGAAAGAUGCUCCAGGGAACUGGUGAGGGAGGCACUAAAGCGUCACACUUGUGAUAAUCUGACAGUGAUUGUGGUUUGUUUCUCCCCUGAACCACCACCUCGGAUAGAGAUACCUAAUUUGCGGGUCCGGAGGAGUAUAUCAGCUGAAGGGCUGAACUUUCUGAAGGGGGUUUUGGACAGUAAUGAGUGAUACAAAAGAAGGAUGUUUGAUGGACUGUAUAAAAAUUUUAAAGGAAGGAAUGGAAGAUGAAAUGAAGUUCACCACUGGUGGUGGUGUAUCUGGAUGGGUGGAUAUGGAUUUUUCCAGGCUGAUAUGCUCCUUGGCCUUGGCUGUAUUUUUAGUAAGUCUUCAACCUCAUUCAUUCAGGGUAAUAAAAAAUAUGUCAAAUGUAAAACAUUUUUUGGGUUAAGAAAAAGCCUGUGCAUCUGAAUUAAAUUAUUUCUGUAUGAAAUCAAUUGAAAAGGCCUUAGCUGUUU